GCUCUUAUCAGCAGCCACCAUAUUGUACUAGCACAUCCUCUUGUCCAGCAGGGAGCGGAAAACUCUCCUUGCAACAUGGUUCCCUCUCUCUCCCUCUCUUUCUCCCCCUCCCACCUCAAAUUUGCCAGUACCAGAGCUCUCCGACUGGCAACCAACUAGAGCAUUGUGUCUUCUUGGCGAAGAGAGUGAGAGACAGACAGGACAGUGAAAAAGAGAGAGAGUGACAGAGGUGAGAAUGACAUAUGGACAGGAGGGUUGGAAGAGACCCACACCAUACAUUUCCCUGCUUUGAGUGUGUCUUCGUUCAAAGGAGCAACUUCACAACAAAAAACAAAUAUGUACGGUGGGACUGUCUUUCCGUCUCAUUCUGCCUUCAUUUCUUUGUGAAUGUUGGGGACUUUUAUUAUCACGAUUUUUUUUCGAAUUAUUAAUUUUCAGAAGGAAUCAUCUGGGUAUGAGGAGUUAUUUUGAGUGGUGUCAGACUAUCUGGCUUCAAUUCUGACCUCAGAGAUUGACAGACAGACAGUGACAGGCUGCAGUGGAGUGUGAGCGACCUGAAGGAGGAGGAGGAGGACGAGGAGGAGGAGGAGGAGGACGUUAAACACUGAGGAGAUACACCAUGUGCGUUCACAGAUCAUUUGAACUCUGACGGAUUUUGCAUGACAAACAGAUGAGCCACACUGGAUAUCAUAAUGUAUCUACUCUUUGACAUCAAUCCAAUGUUCACUGGACGUUUUGAAUGCUUAAAAGGAUUUUGACUCAUCCUCAAAAUUCACAAGGCAGACAUAUAGAGAGACGGAUGCAUGAAAAGCAACAAUUGGAGACUGAUUCAAAACGCAGAAUCUGCUGCUCAGCAUGUACUGUAAGAAAAGUACAGACAUCCAGUUCAAAUCAGACCACAAAAACCUCCUCGGCUCCAGGCUGCACCCAGAGACAAUACCACAGAAGUAGCCCUUCAUUCGUGAUUGCAACACACAGAAAUGAACACAUUUUGGUUCAGUGGCACCUUCGGUUAUGUUCUAGUGAGGGAAUGAAUACAGACUCACGUUUACUCACACUCCAGAUGCAGCUACAAUCACACAACCGCCAGCAGAGGUCGGAAUGACAGGUAACAAGGCUGGAUCGGCAGGUAGCUGUAGCUCCAUCCAAGGACAGACUGAAAACGCACAUGCUGACCCUGGCAACCAUAUGAGCAACUGAUGGAUUUCAGGUGGGAAGGAAAAUCUACACUUUUAGUGAGGUAGAGCAGAAACAUAUUACAAAAUCUGCGGGACAGUGGAACAAAGGAAGAGGAAAUAAAGGGUUAUCAGUCACCUUCAUGGAAAAGACACACAGACUUGGCUAGUAGAGGUUUAAAGGGCUCUGCAGGGCUAACUGCACGUGGUACACAUGGACAUGUCAGUUACUCUCAUACACAUAUAAAGACACCACAGGGACGAGACACACUGACACACACGCUGGGCAGCUGAGAAGAACGAGAGCUUGGAAUUCCCCCAGAGACUUCACCACCAUGAUGGAAAAGCUAAACCCCACCGGUCCACCUGCCUCACCCCCCGACCUACCUCGCCCCCCCUCCUCCUCCUCUUCUUCCUCUGCCUCCUCCCCAACCUGUGCGUCCGUGGAGCAGCACAGUCCCCCCCAGAACCAGACCUUAGCAUCUUCGAACUCUACCAGCAGCCCCCAUCCCGCUAACAAAACACUGCACACGGGACACACAGAUGUCCCCACCGCUGACUCAAUUCAGUCCUCCAUCACCACCAGUCACAGCGCAGAUAAAGCUGCUGCACCUGAGCCCAUCGUCAUGGAGACUGAGCAAGAGCAGGAGGAGAAGCAAGGAGAACCAAUGACCACCACCAUGGACCCUGCUGCUUCCCCCAACAGGUCCCCAACUCUUUCAUCUCCACCUCCACUCCUACCGGCACCAGCCAAGACCUCCCCGUGUCCUUUCCCACCUCCAACCACCACAGCAUCUUUCCCCACAUCGUCAUCAUCCUCUCCUCUUCCUCCUCACAUUCCAGUCAUCAGUCUCGGGCACAGCAAGCCCCCCCUGCCACUUCCCAACACCCCUUUGACUGCCCUCCAUCCAAUUCCCAGCCUCCUACAUGGGCCUCAUGGAGACAUUCGCCGCAGCCAGAUGACCUGUUUGCCUGUGGCAAGCCCUGGUGGCCCUGGAACUUCUGGAGGCCUUGGAGGCCCCUCAGCUCCCUCCACGGGGCCCCUGUUGCCUCAGCCGUACCUGCCUGCACACUCCUUCUUCACCGGUUCUUACCUGGGUCCGUCAGGAGGAAGCUACGGUGUCAUCAACAACAGCCGGAUCAAGAGAAGACCCUCGUCACACUUUGAGAUGGAGAUCAAUGAAUGCCCCCCUCAGAAACUCGCUCGCCGUGUCUUCACCAACAGCCGUGAGCGCUGGCGACAGCAGAACGUGAACGGGGCUUUCUCUGAGCUCAGAAAACUCAUUCCCACACACCCGCCUGACAAGAAGCUAAGCAAGAAUGAGAUCCUUCGUCUGGCUGUGAAGUACAUCAACUUCUUGGUCACUCUGCUCAAUGACCAGGCCCAGGACAAGAGCAGGGACUCAGCUGAGGAUGAGGCUGAGGAUGAGGGUACUGCAGCAGGGUCGGACAGUACUAAACUGAACACUCUUUAUCAGUCCCAUGCUGCCCCUCCAUCUUCAGCCGCCAUGGCGACAGCACACAGAGACAGAGACUCAACUGACUCAGUCAUUGCCCUGGCUAAUUCCCCAGCAACAUCAAGUUGCUAUGGUGACACAGACAGUGAGGAAAGCUUUGGGGCUAAGACCUCUUUGGUGACCCAAGGCAUUCUGGGGAAGGUGAAGGGUCAGAUAAGGAUGGUGGCAGCCACAAAUGAUGAGCGGUGACACCAAACAGAGGCAAACAAAGAGGUGUGCAUCCACUGGGAGUUUAAAUGUCACACUGAUGGACAAAACGGGAUACACAAUGGUCUCAAGUAGGAGAUGGACUUUAGUGAUAAUUUGUAGUUUUAACUGUCUCUAUGUCUUUGAGUGAACACUGAGUGUAAGCUCUGUGUUUUAGUAAAAUACUGAAAUAUGAAACAUCCUCAGGCAUGUUUUUUUUUUUUUUUUAAAUAAGGUCACAGUGUUCCUUUUAAACAUUACACCUUUGUCUGGAAUUAGGUAGUUGUGUGUUAGUAUGUUUUAAUAAGAAAUUCAGGAUCUAUUUUUUUGUUCCAAUCUAAAUGCAGCCUCAGAAGUUUACAUGUACAUAAUCGGGACAUGCCGAGGACAGGAUGGAUCAAAGUUUUAGUUUUAACUGUUCCUGCUGUCUUAUUGUCAGAAAAGCAGGGCCAAUGGUCCCACCCUGACGUUGUGACACACUUGUACCAGACAGAAAUAAAGUGUGUUUUAGUUUGCUGUUCCU